CCAUCACUAAGGUUCCUCCACAUUCUCAUUCGGACCCGGGGAACCAGGAGUAACAGACGCAGAGCAGGACGACGGAGCCGCAAGCGGAAGCACAAAACCAAACUGGCCAUGCUUCGCCCUCAACACACACCUUAAACCUUCCCCUAAAAAAGCGUCUCUAUUACUCCUCGCCUCAAUUCAAAUUGAAGCGGUGGAUAGCGACUACUUCACUAGCUGUACAACCCCCAGAGCUCCAUGUCGCGGCCUAGGUAUAUGGCGCAGGAUCCCUCGCUGCCUUCGACGCCCCGGACGCCCACAUCGAAGGCCACAGGCGCACACCAGGACGAACGAGGUCCAGAUGAAGGCUUCAAAAUCACAACCCCCCGGGCACCGAAAGCACCAACCAUAGCUCCGAUACUCUACGAGCCGAAAUCACCAUCGCCCAUGCCUAUAUCGCGCUCCAGAAGAGACAAUCCACUAUCAACUCUUACACACGGUCUCACGAGGCAUGAAUCGAAGCGGGAUCUACAACAGCACCAGGGCAUCACUGCAGCCAACGGAGUUGAUGUUCGUGAGGAGGACUACAAAGAAGAAACAGUGGCGCAACAAUACUCCAGCACAAAUGCCGACCCUCAUACACAGGCUCGAUUAAUUGUUUCAAUACCCCUCAGCCCCGCCAAACGACCUUUGGAGGAACGUACAGGUCACAGCCAGGACACGCCACUGAAGCAACGACGAAUCACUCAUGCCUCCAGGAAUCACUUGGACAGAAUUGUUAGGAGAUCAAGCAAGGACUCCAAUAGCAUAUAUGACCCGUCACAGGAGCAGGAAGGGAAAAUCGGGGCUGACGCGAACAUAGACUCAUGCCAGACCUCGUACAGGUCGUCCUCUCGAUCUGCCCGAGACGAGCGAAAUGAGUUACAUCAGGAAGAAAAUAUGGAUAUUGAAACUCCCGAGCUGCCUACGCAAUCACGCGUUGUAGUAUCGUGGAAUUCACCCAUAAAAGAUACGGAAGUCGAGAAAGCAGAUGCAAACAAUACGAUCGUGCGGACGAAAUAUGAGACUGCAGCAGAACUGUCUACUACUCACCAAGGGGUGACUGAAAGAUUUGUGGGUGACCCUGACUUGGCAAUCAAAGGCGAAGACGACAAUCAGCAGGAGGAACGUUACCAUGACAUUGACAUCAACGACGAUGAUCAACCGUGCGCUGCCUCGGAGUACAUGUUGAGGGAGAUGCGGGACUUCGAGCAAGGAUUCCAAACCCUUCAAGGAAAAUUUAAACUUCUUGGCAAGAUUGGUGAAGGCACAUUCAGCUCGGUAUAUAAGGCAAUCGACCUGGAAUACGACAAGUACGACAACUCAGACUGGGAUUACAGUCUGGAAGAGAUACCUACCGCAAAGGGAACUGAUACGAAGGAUGUGACCAGCAACUCAAAAGGUAAUUCGCCUACGGUAACAAGGCCUGGUAAAUCGGAAGGAGGAAAAGUGGUCGCAAUCAAGCGUAUCUAUGUCACCAGCAGCCCUACACGGAUAGAGAACGAGAUUGCAAUUCUUCACGAUCUCAGUGGUCAUAAGAACGUAGUUCCACUUAUUACAGCCACCCGGUUCAUGGAUCAAGUCAUCAUUGUCCUGCCUUAUAUUGAGCACAGCGACUUUCGGCAAUACUACCGCCGUUUACCCAUGGACGACAUUCGCUGUUACCUUCGCGCUCUACUAAAAGGACUUGCACAUGUCCAUUCGAAAGGGAUCAUUCACCGAGAUAUCAAGCCUAGCAACUUUCUGUACGACACAGUGAAAAGGACAGGCGUCGUCGUUGAUUUCGGCUUGGCUCACAGAGAGGAUCCGUGGCCGCCAGAGGCUCAGGCAAGACCCAUUUCGAUGAGUAGAGGAACAAAGAGCUCAAAAACUUUACAUAAUAUUUUGCAACAGACGAAAACUCAGUCAUCUCAGCUGGAAAACAAGCAGGCUGCUUCGGCAAGUUCAAAGUCUUCAUCAGGGGCAUCCGCUAUCGUUACACCAGCGUCAACCUCAGUCUCCAAGCCGGCCAUCUUUGCAACACCAACGGCGGGUCAUCGAAUCAAUGACCCACUCACUGUUGUGACACCCGAGACAUCGACUCCACGAACUAACGACCCAGCUGCGUUUGAUUCUCAAUACUCAAUUCGGCGAAACAGUGGUCCUCUCGCUGUCGUGGCCCCUCAGCCAUCGAUUUCAGGAAUCAAUGCCCCACCGGCUACUGACUCUCAGCACUUGAUUCAGCGAAGCAAUAACCCAUUCGCAGUUAGCACUCAACACUUGAUUCAGCGAACCAACAAUACUCCUACUGUCUCACCUCACCAACCCUUGAGUCAGCGAAACAACAGCCUGUCCGCCAUGGCGGGUUCUCAGUCCGCAAGUCAGCCAAACAACAAUCCGGUUUAUGCUGUAGCCCUACAACCAUCCCAGCGAAUCACCAACCCGCUUAAUGCUACGGCUGUACAGCCUUUGGUUCACGAAACCAAGGUUUCAACCAAUGUUGCAGCUCAUGGCGUAGCUGCCCUGCCGCCCUCAAAGAUGCCCAGUAUGAUAAAUCAUGCGCGACCAAGGCCUGCGACAAAAGGAGCAUAUAUAUCAACAUUGAACCCAACUACGUCAGCUAUGAUGGGGAAACGCGAGCCUAGAGUUUUCAGGAAAGAUCCUAGGCCCCAUAUUAGAGUCAACCGCGCAGGGACCAAGGGCUUUCGUUCUCCUGAAAUACUGUUUAAGCACAUUCGUCAAACAGUCGCGCUGGAUAUUUGGUCCGUCGGUGUGAUCUUGAUCUCGUUCUUGACGGGAAGGUUUCCGUUUUUUAACUCUAAUGACGAUGCUGAAGCAUUGCUUGAAAUCGGAGUCUUGUUUGGUAAAUUCGAGCUGGAAAGGGCCGCUGCAUCGAUGAAUCGGACUUUCCUCACGAACGUGCCUUCUGUCAAGGACCACGGUAUCUCACUAGUUCGGGUCUGUCAACUAUUACAUCCAGGGCGAUUCGCUCCCCCAGAAGGGUACCUUUCAAGAUCUGAACGCCGCCGUGCUGCUGCUGAAACGUCUGUGGAUCCUCCAACCUUGUCCAUAAACCCCCAGGACCAGCAACAUUCCACGUCUCAUGCACAACAAACGCAGGGUGUUGCGCAGGGUACAGCGGAUCCGGCUGAUGCUGUUGGAGUGGACCCAGGCUCGCCUCAAUUUUACGAUGAAGACCUGCCAAAUACUGAAAAUACACCCCUUCAUGAGCUGCUCGUACCAGAAACAAGUACUGAAGCCUGUGUGAAAGUGGAGGAACAAAGGAAUCGCAGCAAGGCCGGAGGACCAGUAGUUGAGGGAGCUGCGCAAGGCCAUGAGAAAACGAAUUCCAAUGGCGUGAAGGUGGGUGAGGCUACUGGCAGCAGCGGCGACACUGCCAAGGUCAGGCGGAAAAUCGUCGGAUGGGACUCUCAAGAAGAUCUCGAGCAGGCGCUGAGUCUCCUACUGCGCUUGAUGGCAUUGAACCCAGCAGAGAGAGCCACGGCCGAAGAGGCGUUAAAGCAUCCGUUCCUGGCAGAACGAAAACCAUAGACGCGUGACACCUUUGUACUAUUGCUUUAUUUAUUUAUUUAUUUUGUAUUUGAUGUGCUGUUUGCGAUACUACAUCAUUUCCCACUAUAAUAGUUGGGUUAUUAUUAACCUACACCUAGCCAUGUACAGUAUUAAACACAAACAAAU